AUGCUCGAGGCUGCCAAAGAAAAAGAGCAUCAUACCCAUACAAUCCCUUUCUAUUCUGAGGGUGUGCAGUUCGUCCGAAUUACCACUCUAGGCAAUGAUGACAUCCUCAGUGUGGACCCUGAGAGUCAUACUGGAGAAACGGCUUACAGGGCACAAGCAGAUGCUAUAGGUGUACAGUGUCGAGACAUUCUUGGCUACCGGUGGAAUUAUCAUGGCACCAAAAGACGCUCGGGAAAGAAAGAAGAGACUCCAGCUCUCCUAUUUCGGUAUCGCUGUGCACAAGACCAGUAUCUUCAGAGAUCACGAAAAAUUGCUGACCACGCAAAGCACCAAGAUCGACGUACCCAUGCUUUUUUUGGCUGUGAAAGUCAUCUGGACAUCACUCUGCAAGUUAUUCAGGGAUUACUUACUGCAAGGAUUGAUCUAAAACACACCGAUGAUCAUAUUCCCUACCGUGCAACGCACCUGCCACCAAAAGCCUUAGAGUUGAUUACACUCAAUAAAGAUAAACCUUUGAAGGAUCUCUGGCUGGAUGUCCGAAGGGAGUACCCAACACUGCCAUUCAGCCGAGAUGCUGUGUAUAAUUUUUGGCGCUCCCUCAAGAUGAAGGAUUGGAAACUGGAUGAUGAUCCAGUAAUCUCGGCAAAAAAGUUGUUGGAGAAAGCAAGUAUUGACAAUGGCUGGGAAGACUUACCGCGUCGAGUCCACAUAAUCGAAUUAGGGGAGAGUGAAGAUUAUGAGAGUCUUGGAUUCUCAAUCACACCGGUGCUGGAAUUAUGGCGAGGUCGCAUUAAGGAAUUAGUAAUAGACUCAGCAUGGAAAUGCGCAACUGGUAAUUGGGAAUUGUUUGUGCUCCUUGGGGAAGCAAGAGGUUCGGGGCUCCCAUUGGGCUGGUGCUUUGUGAGAACAAAGUCAAAACAACCAAAGGCCGGCAGUAAAGAAGCUGUGCUUACCACAUGGCUCAGACAUUUCCGUGAUGAUUGGAAUAUCAACGCCCUUGUCACUCAUUCAGAUAAGGACCGCAGCGAAAAAGUCUUUCCUACUGCCAAACACCAGCUUUGUUUCUGGCAUGUGUUGAGAGCGGUGAAACAACGGCUUGCUGUCCUCCGUCGCCAACCAGCUCCGUAUAAUGCUGCACAAGCGGCAACCGAGUUUGCAUUCAUCAACCCAAUCUUCAUACCCAUCCACCAAAGAGAAAAGCUCCCUGAAAAAGUCAGGAAAGAUGCCGACAUACCUGUUAUUCGUACCCACAUUCCUCGGGUUUCUUUUAAGCUUGGUGGACAGCUCAUUCAACCUCGCCUGGAAGCAAGUACCCACUUGGCCGUGAGGGUGGGAAGUAGUGAGGUGGAGGAAGUCCCUGAGGGCCACGACGACGACGAUAAUAAUGCUGACAGCAUCCCUAGCGAUGUUAGGGAUUUGAUUACAAAAGUCCUGAAUUGGAAUGUCGGUAAUAAUCGGGAGGGGCAGGAGGGCUGUGUUGAUGAUGGCGAUGCAACUGAUGAGGCCGACGAGGAGGAUGCACCGGAUUGGAUGUUUGAGGCUAAUGAAACUCGUUCAGCGGACCCAGAGUAUGAGUUUUGCCCUGCAGUUCACCGAAAACAAAUUCUGUUAAUACUCACCCGCCAUUUCUGCCGCCACCCCUUCUUCCCCACCCGUAAUGGCAUACAUCAAAGUGAUUGCGAAAUCCGAGACAACUCUGUGCAGGAAAUGUACACCUUCUGCAUUAAACGAGGCUUAGCGGAUGUCUGGGGUUACCUCUGGACAUCAUGGUACUCACCUUUGGCAUGGAAACUCUGGGCGCGGUCCAGCAAUCCAUCAAUUCUCUCACGUCUACGAACCACAAUGACAGCGGAGAAGCACUGGCAAUAUCUGAAGCACACUCACCUAGGCUUCAUGCACCGGCCACGGCUCGAUCAAACCAUCUACACAAUGAUAACGGGCGUUAUUCCAUCAAUAAUUGACAAAUCAAUUGAGUUGGAUGGCACACGUCGCCUUGGACUGGCCCCGCCACUGACAACCUUCCAAACCCAGGCCAAAAAAGCUUGGCGUCUUCUUGCAAAGCGGCCAUGCAGCGGAAUCGACUAUAGCACGGAUGCCAUUCAAGCGCGUGGCCCUCUGCCUCCAGACUUCUUUGAAACACUCUCACGGCGACGCACAAUGCCGAUCUACAAGAUUGCUCACAUACGUGGAAUGUCCGAUAUUGAUAAUGGCUCAAUUUCGGAUGGCAACGACAGUUGGCUAACUGUCCACAAAAACCUGUCAAGAGGCGCAUGGAGACAGCAUGUGACUGGUGGCCCCACCGGCAUGACUGCUGAAUCGUCAAAACGCUGCCACUCAUCAUGUGAGGCUGAGGAAAUACCCCGGAAGAAGCCCAAAGGUUAUUUGCGUGAUUCUUCAUCCUCCGGUGACACUGUGGGUUAUGGGUCAGAUUCUGAUGAGUCAAUUGAAGGGAAAGAGAAAGUCCGGGUUUUCAUGAAUAACCUUGACCGUUUGCUGCAAAUUCUCGCCAAACAAUCCGGAUUUAACAAUCCGAAAUGGGACAAAGCCAUCGCUGCAACUCCCUUAUUCACAACCGCUGGCAAUAUCAUUGAAGACUACAUCAAAAUUGUAGAACACCAUGAAGCGCGGCCUGAGAAGACAUAGCCAAAGACUACCCAAGAGCGCCAGGCUUCUCCUUACACCCUCUACCACCAGGUCUAAGCGAUAUCUAUUCACCCUAAACUAAAUCGCGAUCAAGGCUCUCCCACCCACUGCUCCGCUAUCGCUUGAACACUGUCAUCUAGCCCAAACCCACCACCUUCGUCGCGAAGCCUGCCAGUGUGGGAGGAACCAUCUUGUCACUGGUGGAGUCAAGCGUAAGCAUCAUGCCACUAUUGCUGUAGCUGUGGUUCAGAGUCGGAGAGCGACAGAGGGAGUGAAUCGAUUUGGAUUAGGCCACACCCACGAUUGAUGAUAACUCGCUCUUUCAUCAACCUUAUGCUUGCGAUGUUCUCUUGUUCUUUGCGCGUUUAUGUACAUUAGAGUCACUAUUCAUCUUCUAACUGGUCAUUGACUUGCUAUCAACAUAUGCUAAAACCCUCCGAACCCACAUUCUUGAACAUCAUCUAACUUAGACUAAUAGUGCGUGUGCG